AUGAGCCUGCAAGCCCCACGCAGACUCGUGGAGCUGGCAGCGCAGAGCCUGCUGAGGGACCCGUGCUUGAACACCUCCACUCUGGAUGAGCUGCCAGGGGAACUCUUCCCCCUGAUGUUCAUGGAGGCCUUCAGCAGCAGGCACUAUGAGAUUCUACAGGCCAUGGUGCGGACCUGGCCCUUCCCCCGCCUCCCUCUGGGGUCCCUGAUGAAGACACCUCACCUGGAGACCUUGCGAGCUGUGCUAGAGGGACUUGAUUCACUGGUGUACAUGAAGGUUCGCCCCAGGAGGUGGAAGCUUCAAGUGCUUGAUUUGGGGAAUGUCGAUGAGAAUUUCUGGACCACGUGGUCUGGAUCCAGGGCCCUGUGGUGCUCCCCAGAGGCCACGAGUAAGAGGCAGACGGUGGAGGACCGUCCAAGGACGGGAGAGCGUAAGCCGUUGAUGAUGUUCAUACAUGAGCCCUUGAAGGUGUUCAUAGAUGUCGGCCUCAACGAAAGUACCCUGGAUGAGUGGCUGAGCUACCUCUGUGGCUGGAUUCACCACAGAAGAGGUUUAGUACAGCUGUGUUGUCGUAAGGUGCAGAAUUACCCAAUGCCCGCUUCACAAUUCAGAAAAUUAGUGGAAAUGGUAUACCCAGACAGUAUCCAGGAGUCGGAAGUCCAGAGAAAGUGCUCACUGGGUAGACCACCAGGAAAGUUUGCCCCUUAUCUGAGCCAGUUAAGUGAGCUUCACAAAGUCUUGGUAGCCUUCGGUUAUGAUCAUGAGUUAUCCGUGUGCGCCCAACAGCAGUUCAUUCCUGACUUGGAAACUCCGUCUCAGCCUGGGCCCUGA